CUUCCGCGUGCGCCCCUCCCGCGUUAGCCAGGGCUCCGGCCAGCGGCCAUGCAGCCGUCCCGGCUCUACACCCUCGUGCUGGUGCUGCAGCCCCCGCGCGUGCUCCUGGGCAUGAAGAAGCGCGGCUUCGGGGCCGGCCUCUGGAACGGCUUCGGGGGCAAAGUGCAGGACGGAGAGACCAUCGAGGAGGGCGCCAAGAGGGAGCUGCUGGAGGAGAGCAGCUUGACCGCAGACGUGCUGCACAAGGCUGGACACAUUGUGUUCGAGUUUGUGGGCGUCCCUGAGCUCAUGGACGUGCACAUCUUCCGUGCGGACACUGUCCACGGCACACCGAUGGAAAGCGAAGAAAUGCGGCCCCAGUGGUUCCACCAGGACCAGCUCCCCUUCAAGGACAUGUGGCCAGACGACAAGCUCUGGUUCCCCCUUGUGCUCCAGAAGAGGAAGUUCCAGGGAUACUUUAAGUUCCAGGGACACAGCACCAUUGUGGACUACAAGCUGUGCGAGGUGGACACGCUCUGAGCGCCACACCUGCUGGUUACGGCAGGCAGAGGGGACAGUUCUGCUGAAUCCUGGAAGGGGCUGAGGGUUCGUUCUCUCCCACCUCCUCAUGGUUUCUCCCCUUACAGCAGGGGAAACUGAGGCAGGACAGUUGCCAUUCCGCCAUUCCUCCCAAGAAGCCACUGGUGCCUGAGGAAGCGGUUGUCGGCGCCCACAAAGAGCGCAUGCCGCACCCAGUUCUAUAAAUGUGUUUAAUAACAGUUAUGCAUGAAAGUUUCUAAAUAAAACUCUCAGGGUGGAGAUGGUGU